AGUUCACCUUACAUUUUCAAGAAAACCAACAAUAUAAAAUUUCCCCUUUUUGUUCAAACUUAGUCCAUCCCAAACUUCCAUAUUCAACACACACUACACACACAUACACAUUCAUACUCCAAGUUUCUUGAUCUUGGCUUCACAUUUCUUCCUUCAUUCCAACACAAAAUCUUGAAUCUUUUCUCACACCCAUUACAAAAUUUUGAAUCUUUCUUCAUACCCAUCAAACAAAGAUUGAAUUUUAUUUCAUAGCCACUAUAAAUCUUAAGUCUUAUCUCAUACCCAUAAAAAAAGAUUGAACCUUUUCACAUACCCAUUAAAAAAUCUUGAAUUUUUAAUCACACCCAUAUUUAAAAUCUUUCAAAAUCACCAAAAAAAAAAGUGUGAAAAAUUGAAAAAAGGAUCACCAUGUCAUCAAUCUUGGCUUCAAAUGGGAUGGUUUUGGCCACCGCCAUGGCCGCCGUCUCCGGCACCGUACUCCUCCUUGCCUUCCACCUCCAGAAACCACCCUCCACCGCCGCUCAAUUUUCAGCCAUCCACCACCCGAGACCGUGCAUCUCUUCAGAUGGAAAGAAAAGAGGGAAAAAGAACAAGAAAGUACACUUCGCAGAGGAUGUGAUGGAACCAAGUGGAAAUGGGGAAGAGUUUAGAAAAAGACUUCAAAGUAAAAUAAUUGUUCAAAAGAGGACUUUUUCAUCAAAAUUGAAAGAGGAAAGGGGUGAAAAGAAAAUUAAAAAUCACGAAGCUAUUCCUGCAAAUCGAAUGGCACUGUAUUCUGGAAUUAUCAGAGAUCGUGGUGUUCAUAGGAUGUCAUGUUGACUCUUGACUUUUUCUUCUCAAAAUUAGUCUUUUUUUUUUGGGUUUUUGUAUAUUUUUAGUUUGAGCCCUUCAUCUUUUUAGGAAGUGUAAAUUGCACAUCCUUUGGUCCCAAUUUCUUCUUAGUCUUCUUUUUUUGGUUAAGAGAACCGUUUGUAUCUAGGAAUAUUGUACCGUAGGUGUACCAUCUUGUACAAAUUGAAAUCAACAAGGAAUAUUUUGUACUAGUA